AUGCAAAACCGAUUCAAGCUCAAGCUCUCAAACAUGUUCCGAUCCUCAUUCGGCUCCUGCAGGACCCGAAACUUAUCGGACGUGAUCGAAAAAGCGGUGUGCUUGCCUGAGAACCAGCAAGACUUGCAUGCUGCCGAGCCGCCGCCUAAGCAGUUGCCGCCUCGACAGUUUCCUUCCAUUUGCAGACCUAAAUGCUCCGAUUUAAAUCAAUCCACUAUCUCUACCAAAGACGCCAUGCUCCCAAGACGCAAGAUUUUCGAAAAGUACUCUGCUUUUGUAAAACCCUUUAAUCCCGACGGCCACACAUGCCCUCCAGCCUCGCCAAACUCGCCGCCGUUAAACCCCUACUACAACCUCCAUGAGAAAAGCUCCAAACAAAGAAAAACAAGAGUCAAGAAAAAGAAGAAGAAGGCGAGGAAUUCCAAGAAGGACAAAACCAACGGUGAUUUUUUCCCGUUUAGUUCUUCAUCUUUCGAUAGUAACAACUACAGAGGAUGGUGGUCGAGCAGCGAUGACGAGAUUGACACACUGUUUUCUUCAAAGAGCCACUCUUCCGACUCCUCCGGGCCCCGCUUGCUCGGUCGCUCACGGCGAAACGGGAGCACCGGCAGCCGGAGAAGAGCGAGUUCCGACGUGGGUCUGCUUCCGUUGCAAGGAAGAGUGAAGGACUGCUUUGCGGUGGUGAAGAAGUCGAGCGAUCCGUACAACGACUUCAGGACAUCAAUGGUGGAGAUGAUCUUCGAGAAGCAGAUAUUUUCGGCGAAGGAUCUCGAACAGCUUCUGCAGUGUUUUCUGUCCUUGAAUUCCACACAUCAGCACGGAGUGAUUACUAAGGUUUUUACUGAGAUUUGGGAAGCUUUGUUUUCCAACCGGGGGUCUUAA